AGUUCAACCUGGCUGUGAAGGUUGCCACCCUGAUCUUUCUUUUUGCAGUAUUAACUCUGCAUCGAACAAAGCAAGUUUCUUGGCACUGUCGAGCUAUUAUUCAGACACAGUUUCAGUCUUUAUUCUGCAUCAUACAGAGCAAGUGUUAUGCAUGUUUCUUUCCUCCUAGAGAACUCAGUGCAUGCACACAUCCCAGUGAGGGCCUCAAUGAGGAACAGGCUAGGCUGGAGAUGUCGGUGAUGAGGUUAUCCGACAUUGGCUGCUUGCUUCUUGAAGCACACCGGUGUUCCCAAGCACUCAUCAAGUCUCUGAGAUUUUCUCUAAACAUGUCGUUUCCAAUAUUUCACGCUGCUGGGCGUGUGUUGAUGGACGAGUGCUGGAUGGCGGCGUUGUUUGGCGUCGUGGUGGCGUCGACGGCAGCUAGACCUGGCAAGGUUAAUGCGUCAGUAGCUCUGAAGAUGGAUUGGUGGCAGUUGGUGGCGGCGGCCUCUGAGUGUGCGCCGGACCGAUGGGUGCCCCAUACCCGGCAGGUGGCUUGGUUGGGGUCUCAGGUCUUAGAUGUUAGGUUUGGCUGCGAGGUUUGUUUGGUAUUAGGCCUAGAUCAGCAUCCCUUCAUCAACUGGAUAGGAGUAGCGACAGAUGUUGUCUAGACGGUGGUUUCAGUCUUACUGGUGUAUUACUUUGUAAGGUCUUUUGUGAAUAAUUAAUAAAAUGGCUGCAUGCAUUGCCCAGAUGCAGAGGCCGGGGGUCUUCCUCUUUUGAAGAAAACAUAACUAUCUUUGACCAAAACAAAUUGUAAGCUGUAAGGAUGUUUGUGGCAAGAUAUGCACACUUGUAGUGCUCGACGAACAGAAGACCAGUUUUUUUUUUCUU